AUCUAAGACUUAGGGUUUAGAGUUAAACGGUUAAAUUUUGGAGAUUUUUUCAAAUUUUUAAAAAUUAAAAUUAAAAUUUUCAAAAAAAAAAACUACUUUGGUCAUUUUAUUUUUUGAAAACUAUUUUUGUGACAAAAUUUUUUAAAAAAAUUAUUAGAGAGAAUUGCAUGUUUAAUUAUGUUUUAUAAACUGACCGACCACCUAUAAAAAAAAAUGGAAUAAAAAAAAGAAAUCUGCCUACUGCCGGGUCGGAUAAAAAAUCCAAUAUCCAUCGAAAUGUACAAAUACCAAAUAGUAACAUUUUUUAGUCUAGCAAAAAUCGCGGGAGGCUAGGGUUUAAAAUCAUCGUAUCCGCCAUGAAAACACGGCGGCAGCACGCCGCUGAGAACGCUCUAACAAUAUCUCGACGCAGUACACAAUCUCCGCUCUCCAUCGGAAACUCAGAGACGAUCCCAACUGAUCUCAUCAUCGAAGUCCUCUUGAGAUUGCCGCCUAAGUCUAUACCGAAAUGUCGAUGCGCAUCCAAGCUCUGGGACUCCAUACUCCGCCGCGCAGAUUUCACGGAGCUCUUCAUCACCAGGUCUCGUGCCCGUCCGCAACUCUUACUCUCCUGCGUAGAAAACGAGGAGCUGUUCUUAUUCUCGAUACCUCAAGAGGUCCAAAAUCAAGAUGUUGUAACCGCCAAUUAUCAUACGAGGUUCCCUUGUGGACGUUCCUCUAAAAUAAUCGGUCCGGUUCGCGGUUUAGUCUGUCUUACACAUCUUCGUAAGUACAAGAAAACGGCGCCGGUUAUAUGUAACCCUAGCACUGGUCAAUCAUUACCUCUACCCAACGUGAAGACCAGGAGUACUCUCGUGAACACUUUUCUUGGAUUUGAUCCAGUUGGUAAACAAUUCAAGAUAUUGUCCAUGACCACACGGGAUUAUAUCAAUUGUGAAGAGCAUCAAGUUCUGACUUUAGGGACUGAGAAAAAGAUGUCUUGGAGAAAGAUCGAAUGUUCUAUAUCCCAUUAUUUUAGGCAUAUUAAUCAUGGGAUAUGCAUCAAUGGUGUUGUAUAUUAUGUAGCUGGUCUCAAUGAACCUCCAAUGGCUAACGGUAUAGUUUGCUUUGAUGUUAGGUCUGAGAAGUUCAAAGUUAUUAAUAGAGGUGAGGAGAUGGCAUUAUGGAGUCAAUCAACUCUUGUAAACUAUAAGGGCACACUAGGUGCUCUUUUGACAGAAGGGUUUACCGAAGUUACCGGAGAAACUAAAUGUUUUCAGUUGUGGGUUUUGGUAGAUGCUGAGAAACAUGAAUGGUCGAAGCAUAUAUCCAUAUGUCUGCCCCUGCUGUGGAAUAACAUAGUUGCAAAUGCCACUUUAUUCUUUGUUGGAGUCACUGGCACAGAUGAAAUCGUGUUGUCACCGAAGUAUGUAUCCGAGCCUUACUGUUUCUAUGUUUACUACUACAACAUCGAGAGCAAUGCAAUCAGAAGAGUUGAAAUCCAAGGAAUGGAUGCCUUUAGGCAUUGUCAAAUUCGCCUUUCUCUUAACCAUGUAGAGGACGUGAAGCUUUUGCAAUAUAUUUAGGACUUUAUAACAGGUCAUGGGGCCUUACUUCUCCUUAUGCUAUUUGAUGUAUUUUCUCUGUGUUUUGUUUUUUUCGUUGUGAUGGAUGGUCGAGACUGUAUCAAUCUCUGUGUUUACAAUUUAGCCUUUUGAAAUCUUCUCUUCAUGAUUAAGCCACUUUGUGGGUUAUGUUUUAUGAGUUCUAUAUUUAAUCAUCCACUGGUAAAAGACCACACUGACACUACAUUUGGGCUAAUCUAGAAAAGUGUUUACACCAAUCUGUUUGACCUCAGAUAAAUGAAUUGUGCCUCUUUUAUCUUUGCCAUCCCUCUUAGUCUUUUUGUCCCAUGUAUUUGUUGUUUUUGUUUCUCUGCUACAUUAAAUAAGAGAAGUUUAGUGUGUUCCAUGAAAAUUUAUCAAGUAACAUAAGUGAAGUUACGUUCGUUUAUGCUUCUUUUUCUAGCAUCUUAUGAGUUAUAAGAAGCAACUCGUUGUGGUAUAUUCUUCGAGGGGUGAUAGAAACACUUGUUACACUAAUCCAGAACAGAGAUGUCUAACAUGAGAUAUUCCAACGCUAAAUCAAAGAGAGAGGAGAGUCGUAGAUCCAAGAGAUAGCAUAACCUUUAAUUAUCAAGAAGAAAGCAGAUUGAAAAUGGUGUUGAGCUCAUUGAGUUUAUUGGAGCUAUGCUAAAAUGGUGGUUCAGUGCUUGGAAAAAUAACCAGACGGAAGGGUAGGCAGUGUGUGGGGGUAGAGGUUGAGAAAAUUAAUUUUUACUUUUUAACACAAAUUGAGAAAUUUCUUUAAUUAAUUGCUAAAGACGAAAAUGUAGUUUUUCUUAACUAGAAAAUUCAUUUCAUUCACUAAAAUGAUACAAGGUGAAGUGUAUAAAUUUUUGGAU